AUGAAAAAUAUUCACAGAUAUGAUCAACAUUUUCGAGGUUUUCCUCCCUCAGCUUUUGAGUACGUUAGCAGGUUUGCUACAAAAGAAGCAGCAGAUGCUGCGACAGAUGAAAGUUCUUCUAGCGAUGAAGUAAGUUCUGUAGAUACAUAUUCAGACGAAGAUGAAAGCCCAGACAUGGAUAUAUAA